CUCCGUUUCCCCAGACAGAAAAUUUAGCUCUCUUUUUCUUAACCAUGUCGGAAGCUGCUCCUAAGCCUUUGCCUUUUGGAUAUCAGUUCUUGUGUGGCGCCGUUGCUGGCGUCUCCGAGAUUCUUGCGAUGUACCCCUUGGACGUCGUUAAGACACGAUCUCAAUUGAGCACCGGUGCCAAGGUUGGCGUUGUUGAAACCUUCAAGAACAUUAUCAAAACCGAAGGUGUUGGAGCUCUUUACCGUGGUAUUGCCGCUCCCAUUCUCGUUGAGGCUCCUAAGCGUGCUACCAAAUUUGCUGCCAACGAGCAAUAUACGGCUUUGUACAAGAACUUGCUUGGUCUUGAUAAAGUGACUCAGUCUUUGGCUAUCUGUACCGGUAUCAGUGCAGGUAUUACCGAAGCUUUCCUCAUUGUGCCUUUUGAACUUGUCAAAAUCCGCAUGCAAGACAAGGCCAACAAGUUGAAGUAUUCUAGCGCCAACGAUGCUUUGGUCAAGAUCAUGAAGCAGGAGGGUCCUUUGGCCUUGUACACUGGUCUGGAGGCUACAGUUUGGCGUCACGCUACCUGGAACGGUGGCUACUUUGGUGUGAUCUUUACUGUCAAGGGCUUGCUUCCCAAGGCGCAGACCAAGAACGAACAGCUUGGUUUGAACUUUGUUGCUGGUACCGUUGGUGGCAUUGCCGGUACCGCUAUUAACACCCCAUACGAUGUCGUGAAGACCCGUAUUCAAGGCUACAUGGGUGUUGGUCCCAAGAAAUACAACUGGACUAUUCCCGCCAUUGUCACCAUCGCAAAGGAAGAAGGUGUUGCAAGCUUGUACCGAGGCUUCUUACCUAAAGUUCUUCGUCUUGGCCCUGGUGGCGGUAUUCUGUUGGUGGUCUUUGAAACUCUGUCGAGCUUCAUUCGCCGCAACGUCCUCAAAGAAGAAUAAGCAUUCAUACAUAGAUUAUUAAUUUUUUUCUUUUCAUUCAAAUGAAUAUCGAGCUGGUCAUUGCUGCUGCUGCAACGCGCAACGCAGUUCCCAUGUCAAACAAACACAACAGCAAUAAAUCUACACUCCGAUAGACUAA